GACACGUGUGAGGGAGCUGAUAACAACUGGAGCUGUCUCGGGGCUUUACAAUCCUGGCAUGAGCGGCCAGCAUCUGUGCUGCUCCGGAGGAUGCAAUAAGCAGCCGGGAGUGGGAAAUACUGCCGGUAAUCCCUCCCUGCCUGCCUUCCCUUCAGCCCACCACGGGAACAUGAAGGCUGCCUGUGGCCGGAUCCUGCUGCCGCCGCUGUGGGCCCUGUGCCUGGUGACCCUGGCUGGAGGGCAACCGAAAGCGCCUCUGAAGUGUUCAAUAGAGUGCAGAGGUUUUACAAGGCAGUUAGCGGAGAAGCAGAUCAGGAGCUACCGCAUGACGGAACCCAGCUGCAAAAAACAAGCCACCAUAUUUAUUACUCUGAAGUUCAAGGAGAUUUGUGCAGAUUCAAGGGAAGACUGGGUGCAGAAGAUCAAAGACAAACUGGACAGGAAGAAGGCCACAGUGGUGCCACCACAUGAUGUCACCUCAGGAAAAGAGCCUGGCAGUCUUGAGAGACGUGUUGGUCUUCCAGAAGUGGCUCCAUCUCAAGCCACUGCUCCAGCUAGUUUCUUCCAAGGGACUGGAACAACGCUUAGGGAGAGAACACAUGCUCCUGCUGCCAGGACAGAGGUGUCCAGCAAGUCCCCACUGGGCAGGCAGGACCCUACCCAGCUCCCUGCAGGAUCCACCCCCAUGACACAGGAGGAGGCUGCACACUCUGAGGUCACUCCAGCAGCACACAGAGAGUCCUCAAAUUCUCCUGUGUCUUCAACAACUGUUACAGCAGACGUGGGCUCCAGCCAGCCCAGCCCACACCCCUCUGUUCCAGGUACAGCUUCUCCUAACUCACAUUCAGACCUGAUGGCUGCUGCUAAAGGAUCAAACCAACCUGUACUUUCUACAAAUGGAUCCCUGGACCCUACAAGUGCCAGAGCCAACACACCAGACACUGCUUCCAGGAGCUCUAGAUCAGAUCUCCCCUCCAUCUGGGACACUAUGAAGAACACAACAGACACAGAGACAGCACCACAGACUACUUCAAUUUCUACUCUAAUCUCCACCGGUGCUAUGGACAAAGCUGCUUCUGUCCAUACCAACAGGGUUGUUGGUCCCUCUGCAGAUGUGUUUGGUACUACAGCAUUUGAUUAUUCAUCGCCUGUAGGGAAGCAAGAGCCUUCAAACACAGUUUCUAGUCACCAGACAUUCUCAGGCCAAGCCAGAGUGCAGAUGAUCACAGUCAGGCCAAAAAAUCUGCCUCUGCCCAGCUUCUUAUCAGAGUCCCAAAUGCACUUUGUCAUCCCAGUUUCUGUGGUGUGUGGACUGAUGGUUAGCAGUGUUGCUCUUGUAUGGCUUUACCUGAAAUUUGGAGUCAAACCAGAGGAAACAUCAAGAGAAAUGGUACAGGGCUUGCUCUACCAGCAGGCAGGACAUCAAGACAAUGUCUAUCCAAUGGAAGUAAUAUGAAUGCUUUGUGGCAUGGACGUUUCUGGCCUCAACUGUAUGUAUGUUGCUGCAGAAAAGCUGUUCAUUCUGCACUGGUGACCAGUAGGAAGCAAGCCUGGGAAUAAAAAUCACUGAGAAAACUGAUUUUUUUUUGUAGAGCAGAAUGCCCAACAAUGUAUCUAUUUCGUCAUUGACCAAUCACAGUGUUUUGGAAAUACAGGAGACACUUCUUUUCUACUGGCACUGUUAUGGACGAAGGCUGUGCCUCUUCUAUUGCUGUUGAUGGCUCUUUGCCAGGUGAUGUGAUUUUCCAAGUCACUGUUGGGAAUUUUUCUGUGGUUCAUCCUGGCCCAGGCAAGAAGCCACUCACCCACUCACACUGUUGGACUUGGCCUCAGCCACCUUGAGCAAUCUUAACACCAAACCCACACAAUUUGCACUUAAACUCUCUGCUGCUUCUUUCUUUGCACUUCAGGUCUCUGCUCUGUCAGACCAAGAGUGAAGCUGGUGGCCAGCUGGGUGCUGCUUUCCUUGGGCUGAUUGAAUUUGCUCCCAUCAUUUUCUCUGGCUGGAGACAUGAGGGAUAGCCCAGCUUUUCAGAAAUAGUUGACAAACACUGCAUCUGAUCAAGUGACUGAAGGUCAGUGCUACAGAUCUUAUAUUCAGAGAAGCUGGCAGCUCACAGUCUAUCUCCUCCUUGAAAUCAGGCCCUUCCUUUUAGCAGCUAUGGGCUAUGGGUAUUUCUUCUUACAGAUGAAUUCUGAGAGCUGGUUCUUGCCAAAUCUAUGCAAUAACCCCUUCUGCCAGCUGAUGCACCUUGUGUCCAGCUGCAUCCAACACCAGGGCAGGAUAACGCUGAUGAAUCUUCACAAAUGGGAGAAAACAAGAAGUCACACAAUAAUUUGACUAUUCCUGUGUUACCAUUGGAACAUUUUUGCUGUUCUCUGCAAGCACAAAACCCAGGAAAUGUGGAGCUAAAGGCUGCUCUGGAUGUAGUCAUGCAGGAAUUACUCUACUACAGGAGACAUAACAUCCUUCUGAUCUCAUUUUCUCACAAGAAAUAAGCACAUUUGCUGAUCCA